AUGUGUAUUACUUUUAUUAUUAAUGCUGAUAAUGAUUUAAUUUUGGGAAGAUUCAAAUUAAUAUUGUUAAAUAAUAGAGAUGAAGAAUUUUCUCGCCCUACUUCUGCACUAGCUUGGUGUGAUGGAAUUUUGGCGGGGAGAGAUGAACGUGAAAAGGAAAGAGGUACUUGGCUUGGAAUUGACAGAAAUGGGAGAAUUGGAAAUUUAUUGUCUAUAACAGAACCAAAAAAUGUUUUUAAAUCUUUUGCACCAAGCAGAGAUUGUUAUGAACUUUAUUCUUUUACAAAUAGAUUUGAUAAUUCUGAACCCGUGCAUUGGCCUAAAGGCCUUCAUGUUUUCAGUAAUAGUCCAAGAAUAACUCCCUUCAAAAAGGCUAUUUAUGGCGAAAAACUCCUUCAAUCAUUAAUUGACCAAUUCUCUACAAAAAUUGAUUUUACUGAAGAGGAUUUAAUUAAUGAACUUUUUGAAAUUGGUUCUAAUACAGAAAUACAUUUUCCGGAUGAACAAAUUCGUCUACAAACUGGUUCUACUGACUCAAAAUACAAAUUGUUAUGUUCAAUUUUUGUUAAUGGGCAUUUACAAGGAAGAAAUUAUGGAACAAAAUCAACUUCAAUAAUACUGGUUGAUAAAAAAGACAAUGUAAGCUUUUAUGAAAGGCGUGUGCUUGACAUAGCUAAACCAAUGGAUGAUCCUUCUAAAUUUGAAUAUUCUGUCGAAAGAUUUUUAUUGGAAAAAUACUAA